AUGCUUCGGCGGAAGUUCUUCGGGAGGGCGCAUGAGAUCGAUCGGAAUGUGAGGCUGUUCAUGAACGAGUACAAUACGGUGGAGAACAACGCGACGACACUGCGCAUCCGGGCCGCUUUGGACCUUUAUGGAUCCAUGGGUUUGCCACUGUGGCUUACUGAAGUUUCCGUGGACCAAGGCCCAUAUCAGGGAGAGUACUUGGAGCAGAUUCUGAGGGAAGGUUACUCCCAUCCGGCGGUGGAAGGGAUCAUCAUGUUCGGCGGACCAGAAGAAGCUGGUUACAAAGAGCUGACCUUAGCAGACUACGAGUUCAUGAACACUGAAGCUGGGGAUGUGGUGGAUCGGCUGCUCGGAGAGUGGAAAUCUCCGAUCACUGAAGCUGAAGCAGAUGAGGAAGGGUUUUGUGAAGCUUCUCUGUUUUACGGAGAUUAUGAGAUAGCUGUGAGGAAGGUGGGAGCGAAUUCAGUCACCAGUUUGAUCAGUUACAAGCUGUCAUCUGCUCGUCCAGGAGAGACUGUUGUCCAUCUUCGUGUUGGGUGAUUGAUAUC